AUGGAGUACCCACAUUUAUAUUGGGUUUUAUGUGUCUUCCUUUGUCUUGCCAAGGCUUAUGUUUCAAACGCAAUAGGUGUUACUCCUGAGGAAGCCGAUGAGAUAUUGGCCAAGCAUAACUAUUACCGUGGAAACGUAUACAAGUAUAAUAAGCAACCAAAAGCUGCUGCUAUGAUGAAAAUGGUGUGGGAUGACGACCUUGCCUUCCUCGCUCAACAGUGGGCCCAUACCUGUCUCUACGAACACGAUCGUGCUAUUAACAGGAAGAUACCAGGAUUAUUCAGUGUGGGGCAGAACCUAGCUUAUAGCAGUCACUAUUCAUGGGCUCACUCUAUACAGGCCUGGCAAAGAGAAGUCAACCAUCUUAAAUACGGAAAGAAACCUAAAAAGUCAGCCGUAAUCGGACAUUACACACAGAUGGUUUGGGACACCACUUCACAUCUUGGUUGUGGAUAUGCAUUCUGUAACCAGACCAGGCAUUACUAUGUCUGUAACUAUGGUCCUGCUGGUAACUUUAUGAAUAGGUUAUACACGCCGUACGUAUCUUCAGAAACACAAGGCUCAAGUUGCGGAUCAAGCUUGGAAGUUUCAUCUGGAUUAUGUGAUUGCGAGGGGAAGAUAUGUCAUAAUGGUGGGAAGCUUCACCUAGACACGUGUGAAUGUAAAUGUCCAGCUGGAAUCACUUGGAUGGACGACGUUUGUAACGUGGUUUGUGAUCUAGUUGUUGAUAACUAUAUAUGUGCCAGCAAAGGAGGUGGUUGGCCAGUCGACUACUGUGACAUAUAUGGUAAUGUGAAAUAUCAGUACUGUCCAAUCACAUGCGGUUUAUGUACAUACGAUGGUAUUCACUACUGGGGGCAAACUACCACAACCGUUCUAACAUCUACCAUUCCUGAAUCUACAUCAUUAACAUCAUCAACAACCAGACCAACAACAACAACAAUGACACCUGAGCCGACCACCACCACCAACCCAACUACCACAACGAUGACACCGACUACCAUGACAACUGAACCAACUACCAUGGUAACAGAGCCAACAACCAUAACGACUGAACCUACAACAAAGCAGACAUUUAUAGCAACCAGUAGUCAUGAACCAAUCACAAAUAUGACUAAAACAAGUAAUGAUAGUAUUGAUAAUAGUACCUUGAACAAUUACCAUGAUGGAUAUGAUGGAAUGGACACUUCUGAUAAAUACUCAAAUGUGACACACAAUGGUGUUAUUAACGACACAAAUUCAGAAUAUCUCGGCACUUUCAAGACGACAAUACCUCCAACGAGCAUGGUUCAGAAGAAACUAUAUGCCAGACUUGGUGAUAAAGCACAGGUUGCUGAGAAGCCAACUGGCGCUGCAAAACCAUCUCAGCCAUCGCUCAUUGAUGCCCUAAAACCUCAACAAACAUGUAGUGCCAUACAACCUGCUGCGUGUGGCCAACCAAGCUCUAAUUAUUGGCCAGAUACAUUUUGUAUGUAUGACUCGAUAAGGAUGUUGUGCCCAGCAAUGUGCGGCAUUUGUUUAGCAGAGCAGUGUAUGGAUUAUGACGGAACUGUGUAUGAGUUAGAGGACCAGUGGUUGACCUUAUACGGAAGAUCAACAUGUUCGGAAAACGGAGUUUUACAUGAGGAUGGCUGUAUUAUGGACAAUCGUUUUAUUCCCAAGGGAAGCAAUACGACCUACGCCGAAAACUUGUGGAAUUGGCGAUGUCACUGUGAUUUUUUAUUUGGAGUUUAUCAAAUUGCCUGCACUCCUAGUAAUGGCGUCUAAAACGGGUGGAGACUAGUUAAGACUGGAUCUGAAACUGCCAUCGCCUCUAAAAUGAAAAUGCUUUAUCUGUAUUUGAAAACAUUGUCAAAAACAGAGGCGGACAUUGAAAUUCCAUGUAAAUCGAAGUUGAACGAAAUUUGAAAUGUUAGAACCAUUUAAAAAAUCGUGGUCAUGUUCAUUUGAAUGAGGAUAACUCUAUUAAGGAUUUGGCCUAAUUUGGAAAAUGAGAAUCUUAGGGAGACAGGCGAAAAUAGGUGUGAGUAAAGGUGACGUAAAUGUCAAAAUAAUAACUCAUAAGUAACGCAUAUGACCUUUAACCGCCUCGUUUGUUUCAUAAGUCAUAAAACUAGUCAUAAAACCAUACGAGUCAUAAAAACAUACGAGUCACAAAACCAUACGAGUCAUUAUAUUAAACGAUAGUGAAUCACACUGUUUACCUAGCAGCAACUAGUCUCACAUCCAAUCACAAAAAAACACAAACUAUGAAAUGUAGAAAAACAAAUACA